CAGUCCUGGUUGGUGUUCUGUCCCCGACUGGAGCUGUCCCCGGAAAUGUCCCCGUUUUAUAGCUCGUUCAAAACAACCCGCAAAUACACUGCAAAAAAAAAAGCCUGACCAGCAUACAGCAGCCUGCUGGUUGUCGGAGCAAUUGUGUAGUGAUUAUGUUCACCAACAGAGGGGGCUGUGCAGAAACACUUGGUCGCGCGCGCGCCGCUACUUCAAGAAGAACGCCUGGAUCUGGACCAGAGCAGAGCGCCACAUAUAAAAAUAAACAUAACGGUUUCAAGAUACCGGGCGACUAUUUAAGUGAAUAUGAAAAUGUGACAGAACAUCCUGAUGGAGUGCAGUACAUCUGUGAGAACGAAAAGAACCCACUGCAUCUGUUUCACACUGUAUUCCAACCCCUUGUAUAUGGUGUGGUGUUUCUCCUGGGCUUAACAGGAAAUGGUCUCCUCUUGACAGUCCUGCUAAAACGGCGGAGCAACCUGCGCAUCACAGAGAUCUAUCUGCUACAUCUGGCACUGGCUGACCUGCUCCUCCUCUUCACUUUUCCAUUCGCAGUUACUCAAGGAGCAGCCGGGUGGCUUUUUGGAACCUUUCUGUGCAAGCUAUUGGGCCUUAUUAAUCGCCUAAAUCUGAUGUGUGGGAGUUUGCUUUUGGCGUGCAUCGGCUUCGAUCGCUACCUCGCCAUUGUGCACGCCAUCCCCAGUGUCCAGGCCCGUCGGCCUAGGACGGUUCACCUCACUUGUGGACUGCUCUGGCUCAUCUGCCUAUCUGUGACCAUUCCCAACACGGUGUUCCUGUCCGUGGAGAAAGAGGUGAGCGACCCGACCAGGUUGUCUUGUGAUUACCACAACUAUGGCAUCCAUGCAAGCAACUGGUUGUUGACCAGCCGCUUUCUCACACACCUGCUGUGCUUCUUCCUGCCUCUGGUGAUCAUGGGGUACUGCUACACUUCUAUAAUCAUCACUCUUUGCCAAAGCCAGAGAAGUCUGGAGAAACAGGGAGCAAUUCGGUUGGCCCUACUGGUUACACUGGUUUUCUGCCUGUGCUGGCUACCGUAUAACAUCACCGUUUUCAUGCAUACCCUGGUAGUGUUGGGUGUUAUGCCUGAGCAGGACUGCCAUGCUCAUGACACACUGAAUCGGGCACUGCUAGUGACAGAAAGCAUUGGCUUUUCCCAUUGUUGUCUGAAUCCAAUCCUGUACGCCUUCAUAGGGGUCCGUUUCCGAAGAGACCUCCUGCAGUUGCUAGCAAAAACAAAGUGUCUGCGUGCAUGCCUGUCAGGUCUGCAAAGAAAAAGUCUUAACAGGAUGUCGAUCACAGAAGCCAUUACUACCACAACAAGCAGCCAAUACAUAUAAAAGCAUCUGAAUGUUUUUGUACAUAUUGUUUUUCCUUUCUAAAUUGGCAGCUAUGAGAUUUACAGAUUUACCUGCGCACUGAGCCAAUCACUGCAAACAUGACUGAAAGCACAUAUGUGAGUGUAUUAAAUCAUAUAAAUCCGGACGAUCUGUUAGUGAGAGAUUGAAUUUCAUUAAUAAGCAAAACUGAGCAUCAUAUCUAACCUGCUGUAAUGCUUUGCAUUGUUUUGAAUGGAUUAUUAUUAAAUAUGAGAUAAUGAAUUGUUGUGUAACAAAUAACUGGAAAUAAAAGGGUGAUAUAA